AUGAUUUACCAUGCCGAUGCUUCUCGCACAAAGAUCUUGACAGUCAUCAAAUGGUCUUUCCAAUCUCUCAGCGAAGGGACUUAUCCGUUCACGGAUCCAUGGAACAAUCCCUUUACAAAGACAUACUUCCCUGACCGCUUGGCGCUUGCGGGACAGCGAAUCUGCGGACCCUACAUUGGGAUAUUUGACGGAGUCCAAGCUGACCUCGAGUUUGUCAAGAAGAUCUUCUGCUUGCAAC